UGAAUUUCUGGCAUUUCCUUUAUAUUUAAAGCCCCAACGCCUCCUCUCUCUUCUUCCUAACUUAUUCAAACCAAUUCACAUCUUCCCAAACCCAACUACUACACCUUGUAGCUACGAAUAUACAAUUUCUUUUGUUUCCUCAGCUUCUUUGAUCAAUAUAUUCAUUUGGGUUCUCGUCAAAUUCACAACCUCUUCAUUCUUUUUUUCCGGAGGAUUUAUGGACGAAGAGAUCCAGAUUCCACCAUUCUUCCUUUGCCCAAUAUCUCUAGAGAUCAUGAAAGAUCCGGUGAUAGUCUCUACCGGAAUCACUUACGACAGAGACAGCAUCGAGAAAUGGCUCUUUUCCGGCAAGAAGAACUCGUGUCCGGUCACCAAACAAGACAUAUCCGACGCAGAUCUCACCCCUAACCACACUCUUCGCCGUCUCAUCCAAUCUUGGUGCACAUUAAACGCCUCUUACGGCGUCGAGAGGAUCCCAACACCGAGACCUCCGAUCUGUAAGUCUGAGAUCGAAAAGCUCAUUAAAGAAUCAGCAUCUUCUCAUCAAAACCAGGUCAAAUGUCUCAAACGACUUCGUCAGAUUGUGUCGGAGAACGCGACCAACAAGCGGUGUUUGGAGGCGGCAGGAGUACCGGAGUUCUUGGCCACCAUCGUAAGCAACAACGACUUGGAAAAUGGGUUUGACUCUUCGAAUAGUUUGACCGACGAAGCCCUCAGCUUACUCUACCAUCUUGAGACCUCAGAAACAGUCCUCAAGAAUCUUUUUAACAACAACAAAGAAAACGAUAUCGUAAAUUCUUUAAUCAAGAUCAUGGAGCGAGGGAUCUACGAGUCCAGAGCCUAUGCAACUUUGCUUCUCAAGAACAUUCUUGAAGUAGCGGAUCCAAUGCAGAUUAUGACGCUGAAGCCAACGGUUUUCACUGAGGUCGUCCAGAUCUUGGACGACCAGAUCUCUCACAAGGCGACGAAAGCCGCGAUGCAUAUAUUGGUGAACAUAUGUCCAUGGGGAAGAAACAGACACAAGGCUGUGGAAGCUGGAGCGAUCUCUGUGAUAAUCGAGCUUCUCAUGGACGAUAGCUUCUCAUCAGAUAGGAGAGGUCCAGAGAUGGCGAUGGUGGUUCUUGAUCUGUUGUGUCAGUGUGCGGAGGGACGAGCCGAGUUCUUGAACCACGGAGCCGCUAUAGCGGUGGUUUGCAAGAAAAUAUUGAGGGUUUCGCAGACGGCAAGCGAUAGAGCUGUUAGGGUUUUGUUAUCGGUGGGAAAGUUCUGCGCGACGCCGGCUUUGCUAAACGAGAUGUUACAGUUGGGGGUUGUAACGAAGUUGUGUCUUGUGCUUCAGGUUAGUUGUGGAAGCAAGACUAAAGAGAAGGCAAAGGAGUUGCUUAAGUUGCACGCUAGGGUUUGGAGGGACUCUCCUUGUCUCUCAAGAAACAUGAUUCUUGCAUAUCCCUCCUGAUGAAACCAAGAAAACAACGUACAGACAUACAAAGGAGUUCAAUUUUCAAUGAGUGCAAACACUUUUUAGAAUUAUUCUUCGCAAAUUGUUAAAAAGACUAGUGGUUUACUCCAGUGUAAUGAUUCAAUUUUUUUAGUUUACUUUUUAUACUUUUGAUGUUCACAAUAUUAAUGUAGAUAAUAGGGGAAACUGUUCAUGAAAUUAUUUUUCAUAAGAAAUAAAAACUGGAAAGAAAUCAAUGAAAUCA